AUGGAUGGUGAUCUUGGAAAUGGAAAUUCUAUGCGCAGGCCUAAUUUUCCAUUGCAAUUGCUUGAGAAAAGAGAAGAAGAAGAAGCAUGUUCAAGCUCAAAGAGGACCGUGUCCGGUUCGGAACCACCCAAAAAGCCGCCGCCGAAAAGAACCACCACCAAGGAUAGGCAUACCAAAGUAGAGGGCCGUGGACGGCGGAUCCGUAUGCCGGCAACAUGUGCUGCUAGGGUUUUUCAGCUUACGAGAGAAUUAGGCCUUAAAUCUGAUGGUGAAACAAUUGAAUGGCUGCUUCAACAGGCUGAGCCGGCGGUGAUUGCAUCCACCGGUACUGGAACCAUCCCGGCGAAUUUUACUUCAUUGAAUAUAUCAGCUAGGAGUUCAGGCUCAACCAUGUCGGCGCCGUUAAGGAAUAUUUACAAUCAAAAUUACGCGGCUAGCUCUCAUUUGAGGUGUAUUGAAGAAUCACAAAGGAGAUUUUUGUUCCCUGAGAUUGGAUUAUCGUUCAAGAAUGAGACGACGGCUGGGGGGGAGACGAGCCUGAGAAAAAGACGGCAACCGGAGGAAGAUCUGCCACCGCCACUUCAAACACAAAUGGGGAGUCAUAAUUAUAUGUUACAAUCAAGCACAAGUUCAAUUCCGGCAAGUCAAGGCCAAAAUAUUCCGGCGACGGCAUUUCGUAUGGUAACAAAUGCUAAUAGCCAGGUCAACAACUUGGCGGCGCUACUGGUGGUGGUGGUGGUGCGGUUUUGGAUGGCCAUAUGA